AUGAAUAACAAUAAUCAAUCGUUGUUUUGAUGAAAAAUGUUGUCAGUUUUGCUUACUGAGGCCCGAUGUGUUCCCCGUUGGGAUUUGCCAGAUGGAACUAUAUAGUACAAUCUCUCGUCUCGAAACACGGAGGGUCUAAGCUGACAUAGGCCAGGGAUAAUUUUUAUUUUAUAGAAGUGAUUUAAUUUUUUUCCCAAUAUGUAUUAAGUCAAUAAUUGUCUGUCAUUCCAGUUGUUCGUACAGUAAGCAUUAUGGAUGAAGAAAGCCUGAAACUAAGAGUACUGUAGAUAUGUCAAGAGAAAUAUUUAUUUAAAAACUGUGUGUAGAAAUAAUGUUUAUGUAGGCCUAUGAUUUUAAAUAGUUUGGUGAAAUAUGACAUCUGUAAAAGGUACAAUGAAGGCUAAAGUUGUUCCUAGAGUAAAAAUCAUCAGUAUGGGUAAUACCGAAGUAGGAAAGAGUUGUAUAAUAAAGAGAUAUUGUGAGAAGAGAUUUGUCAAUAAAUAUUUAGCAACAAUAGGAAUAGAUUACGGUGUUACUAGGGUAACAGUUAAAGACAGAGAUGUUAAAGUAAAUAUAUUUGAUAUGGCGGGACAUCCUAUAUUCUACGAAGUACGAAAUGAAUUUUAUCGUGAUACACAAGGGGCUGUUAUAGUUUAUGACGUAUCAGAAAGAAGUAGUUUUGAAUCGUUAGAAGAAUGGGUGAAUGAAAUGAAAUCAGAAAUAGGAAAUCAGUCAGAUUUAGAAAAUGUGGUAGUGUGUGUUUGUGCUAAUAAGAUUGAUAAAAAGAGAGCAGUAGAUGAAGUUGAAGGUCGUUUGUGGGCUAGUGGCCAUGGUUUCCAUUAUUUUGAGACAUCUGCUCAAACUGGUGAAGGUGUAAAUGAAUUAUUUAAGACUUUAUUAGAAGGUGUUAUUAGUACAGUUGAAAAUGGUGGCAAGAAAAUCCCUGUGGUAACACAAUUAGGUUACAGUAAAGAUCAAAUAGAAGCUAUACAAAGAUUAAAGAAUUCAAAAUCAGAUUAUGAGAGAUUAGGAUUAUCUGUAGGAGCCAGCAAGGACGAUGUAAAUAAAGCAUAUCGUAAAUUAGCUGUAUUACUACACCCUGAUAAAAGUGUGGCACCGGGGAGUGAAGAGGCCUUCAAAUUACUGGUAGCUGCAAGAACAACAUUACUUAAACGCUGUUAACAUUAGAUUUAUUUUCUCUGAUUUUAUUUUAAAAUAGAAUUGUUCUGCUUAAAGGGGAAACAAGCUGGAUCGUCAUUAUUAUCUUGAAGUGACUAGAUCUCAUUGACUUGGUUAAAAAAAAAAACUUUUUAUUGUCCCCCGCCUUUCGAAGAAAGCAGGGGACUAUUAAAAUGGGUUCGUCUGUCUGUCUGUCUGUCUGUCUGUCUGUCUGUCUGUCUGUCUGUCUGUCUGUCUGUCUGUCUGUCCGUCCGUCCGUCCGUCCGUCCGUCCGUCCGUCCGUCCGUCCGUCCGUCCGUCCGUCCGUCUGUCCGUCACACUUUUUGGGACACAAUAACUCUCUUCCUAAUUGAGCUAGAAUGUUCAAACUUGGUGUAUGUGUUUAUUAGGUCAAUGCCUUGAUGGAGUUCGAAGAUGAGCAUUUUCCGCUUAGGGUAAGCAGAGAUAAGCAGUUUGAUUGGUUGAUGCAUUGG